GGAGCGCGGGGGAAGCGCGGGAAGAUGGCGCCCCGCGCCCGGCCCCCGCCGCGCCCCGCAGCCCCCCGGGCCCGCGCCCCGAGCGCCCGCUGAGCGCCGGGGGCUCCGCGGCGGUGCCGAUGGAGGGCGCGGAGCUGAGCCCGCUGAUCCGCGAUGUGUACGCGGCCGCGGGCCGGGUCCCGCCGGCGGCGCGGAGGGGCAGCGGCUGCCGGGAGCUGAUGGUCCGGCUGAGCGAGGGGCAGUACGUGCUGUGCCGCUGGACAGACGGGCUCUACUACCUCGGCAAGAUCAAGAGGGUGAGCGGCUCCAAGCAGAGCUGCCUCGUCACCUUUGAGGACAACUCCAAGUACUGGGUCCUCUGGAAGGACAUCCAGCAUGCCGGCGUCCCCGGGGAGGAGCCCAAGUGCAGCAUCUGCCUGGGGAAGAAGUCGGGCCCCAGGAACGAGAUCCUCAUCUGCGGCAAGUGCGGGCUGGGUUAUCACCAGCAGUGCCACAUCCCGGUGGCCACCGGCGCCGAGGGCCCGCUGGGGACGCCGUGGUUCUGCCGCCGCUGCAUUUUCGCGCUGGCCGUGCGGGUGAGUGCGGCCGCCCCGGCUCCGUGUGCUGCCCGUGCCCGGCACAGGGGGCAGGACGGGCCCGGGGCGGCCCUGCUGACCCCGGCCCUGCCUCUCCCGCAGAAAGGGGGGGCCCUGAAGAAAGGAGCCAUUGCCAGGACGCUGCAAGCCGUGAAGAUGGUGCUGUCCUACAACCCCGAGCUGCUGGAGUGGGACUCCCCACACCGAACCAACCAGCAGCAGUGCUACUGCUACUGCGGGGGGCCCGGAGAGUGGUACCUGAAGAUGCUGCAGUGCCACCGCUGCCGGCAGUGGUUCCACGAAGCCUGCACCCAGUGCCUCAGCGACCCCAUGAUGUUUGGGGACAGGUUCUAUGUGUUCUUCUGCUCUGUGUGCAACCAGGGACCAGAGUACAUCAAGCGCCUGCCCCUGAGAUGGGUGGACAUCGUCCACCUCGCCCUCUACAACCUGGGUGUGCAGAGCAAGAAGAAAUACUUUGACUUCGAGGAGAUCUUGGCCUUUGUGAACCACCACUGGGACCCUCUGCAGCUGGGGAAGCUCACGGGCACCCCGGUGUCGGAGCGCGGCCCCCACCUCCUGAACGCCCUCAACAGCUACAAGAGCCGGUUCCUGUGCGGGAAGGAGAUCAAAAAGAAGAAAUGCAUCUUCCGCCUGCGGAUCCGCGUCCCCCCGAACCCCCCCAGCAAGGUGCUGCCGGAGAAAGCCCCCGGCGAGGGCGAGAGCGGCUCCUGCGAGCUGAAGAAGAGGGGGAAAAGCAAAUACGCCCAUAAGGAGAGCCUCCUCCCGCGGCAGCUCCAGCAGCAGAAGCGAGCGCGGCGCAAGAGGGCCAAGUUCCUGCUGGAGGAUGCCAUUCCCAGCAGUGACUUCACCUCGGCCUGGAGCACCAACCACCACCUGGCCAGCAUCUUCGACUUCACGCUGGAUGAGAUCCAGAGCCUGAAAAGUGCCAGCUCAGGACAGACGUUCCUGUCGGACGUGGACUCCACAGAUGCCACCAGCACCUCAGGCUCGGCCACCACGAGCCUCUCCUACGAGUCCAGCCGCAGGACCGUGGGCAGCCGCAAGCGCAAGCUGGCAGUGCCCGCCUACGCCUCGGGGGCCAAGAGGCGAGGAGGGGCAGAGCCGGGCGGGCAUCGCCCCGAGGGCAGCGAGAACCCGGCCGGCCCCGAGCGCCCCGACGGCGGCAUCGACAGCCACACCUUCGAGAGCAUCAGCGAGGACGACUCCUCGCUGUCCCACCUCAAGUCCUCCAUCAGCAGCUACUUCGGGGCCGCGGGCCGGCUGGUGUGCGGGGAGAAGUACCAGGUGCUGGCACGGCGGGUGACGCUGGAGGGCAAGGUGCAGUACCUGGUGGAGUGGGAAGGCACCACCCCGUACUGAGCCCUGCCAGCCCCCGAACCUCUCCCGGAGCCAGGGCGGAGCAGAUCGGGCUGCUGGGGAAGCCCGAGGCACAGGAGAGGCGCUGGUCCCUCCCGCGGGUGGAGGCAGCGCCCAGGCGGGCAGGGCUGCCCAGCGGUGAAACCUGAAGCCCUGACACUCUGUUUUAUUAAUGUUAACGAUUUUUAGUUCCUUGGCUGUGUUUGUGCAGAGCGUGGCCCAGCCGUGCCCUGCUGAUGGAGCCGGUGCUGCUCAGAGCACUGAGGGGGUCUGGCCCCUCCAGAAGGGUCCCCCUGGCACAGCUGGAGCAGCUGUUUGGGGGGCACCCCACACCUGCUCACACAGAGGGACCUGGGCCUGUGCCUGGCACCGCCUGGCUCACCCCAUUGUCCCAGCCUGACCGAGCAGCCUCGAGGGGCUCCUGCUGCCCAAACACCAACCCCUCCCCAUCCCUGGGCUCCCACAGCUCAUCCCUGUGCCCUGGGGAAACUGGGCUUUCCCACCCUGAACCAUUCAUUGAAGGAAUGUGAUUUGCUUGAUACGGGAGGAAAUGCCCCAAAGCCAGCGCAGGUGUGGCUGUUGCAGCCAUGGGGCACACGGGCUCUCACCCCACAGCCUGCACUGAGUGUGCUGCUGCACCAGCUCCAUCUCCCUGCUCUGACAAUCAUGGUCUUGGAAGAGAUCGUCCAAAAAAUCCUCCUUUGCCUUAAAACCACCAUGGGCACUGCACAGUGUGCAGCCCAAGGCCUUUGUUCCUACAGGAAUCUUCAUCCCAAAUGUGCCAAACCAGCAGACAAACCAAAAAAGGCUGAGGAGGACAGGGGGGCAGGGGCUGUACUGGGGUCCCUGUGUCCACCCCUGUGGCCCCCUGGCUGUGCCUCUCUCGUAGUGCUGAUGUUUGUGAGCACUGGGCUUGAUUUGUCUGCAGGAGAGAAGGAGCAG